AUGCAGGGACGACACGACGACACGCCCGUCCUCUCUCUGCUUCCGUGUGUCUGUCCAUCUGCGUGUGCCUGUCUUUGGGCGGGGCGGAGCGGGGCGUGCGGGCGGGCGGUGCAGCUCAUUCAGUCAGGGCUCAGCAUCCGACACUUGGCCGCACCCGCACCCGCACUCGCACUCGCACUCGCUUUCUUGGCGUGCGCUUUCCUCGCUUUCGUCCCUGUCUUGUCACACUGCCAAUCGUCAUGGGCCUCGACGGCGAAUUCUUCUCCUCUUACUAGCUAUAAUCUCAACACGACAACGAGUCAAUACACGUCCGACGUCGAGGGCAAAGUAGUCGCUCUCCCCCGCUCACGUCCAUCUCCACGUCCAUGUCGACGUCGACGUCGACGCCGACCAUUACGCACCCCCUCGACGGGAGUGCAAGCGCUGAGGCUCAUGGCGACGCUGAGUCGUCGCGACAUCAAAGUCGAGGUCAAGAUCAAAGCCGACAGGCUGCAUACACGCAUACACCGCCGCGGAUCGCCAUAAGAGACGAUGCCACGCCGUCGCCCCUCGCGCCUCCUGCUGCUCAGCAACCAGACGCAGCGCCACCUCGCAUAGCUCAGCAGCCCGCUCCUGCACCUGUCACUGCCACUCCUACGCCUGGCGUACCUCCAGCGCCAGCCACGACCACAGGCAUCGCUCCCCUCCCCGUCGCCGUACCGGACGAAGCCCUCCUCGUGCGACACAACCUCCUCCAAACAAUCUGGACAACCUAUCGCUCCCUAGGUCGUCCCCGCCGGUGGAUCCUCCUUCUACGUCUGCUGAUCAGCCUCAUUCAAGUCAUCCCAGCAAUAGUCAUCCUCUCCCUUCCCACCUCCCUGGGAAACUCACCAGGAAAGCAUUACAACCUGGACUCGGGAGAAGGACCAGAAUGCGAUCCAGAGCCAAUCUUCGUCUUCCUCGCGCUCCACACCGUCCGAGUUGCGGCAACGAUGCCCCUCGAUUUCUACCUGGGUCUGUCACCACACAGAUCGGCAAGACAACGUCGCCCUGGCGCACCGGGUCAGGCGGAGCGGGAGCGAUCCCGCCGCAUGGGUAGCCUAGAGCUAGACCGCAAAACCAGCCGACUUGCGGAUCUCUUGGGAUUCCUGCAUAUAGUCGUCUUUGCCGUGGGCAACUAUGCGGUGUGGACUAGAACGGAAUGCAAUGCUCGGCCUGCAGACUCGGUGCCCCUUUGGUGGACUAGUCUGGCCGUGCUCAUCCUCACGUACGUGGUGCUGUUCAACGUCGUGCUGCUCACCUUCCUCGUGGUCUUCUUCCUCCCAGCCACGCUGGCCGUGCUGCGGGCCCUGGGCUUGGGAGGGAGGAUAGCGCAGCAGGGGGAAAUCAGGCCGGAGACGGGCAAGAUCAAGAGGGAGGAGGUGGAUGGGGUGACUAAGCUGGUUUAUUAUGUGGCGGAGGGUGCGAAGGAGGGGGAAGCGAGUCGAUAUGAAUCCUCGGAGGGAGAAGGAGCAGGGAUGCACGCCCUCACACUGGAAGCGGCCAGCGUGCCCCUACCACCCUCACGGGCGGCCUCAACGAUUGCGACUGAUGCAACCACAACCACGACCACAGGGACUGCGACUCCAGCUUCGACUUCACGGUGGAGCUCACUCUUGCGGCUCCUCCUCCGCAAGCCGCGAGAGAGAGGGAGAAGGAAGGACCCCCAAUUGUCCACGCCAGGAACAGCAUCCUCCUCGUCCGCCAUCACGCCCUCCACCAACCCAUCCUCCGCUCCCCCCGCGGCUCGUGCUCUCAAAUACCCUCUUCACCCGCUACCACCGCACAGGGCUACGUGCCCCAUCUGUCUCGUCGAUUUUGAGACGCCCGACCUCCACCCCACUCCCACACGCGGUGCACCGGCAAAGGGAGAGCAGCAGGAGGAGGAGGAGGCAGAAGAAGGGGAGCCAGAACCACUAAGAUUGCUACCCUGCGGGCAUGUCUUGCAUAGGAGCUGCGUAGACGAGUGGCUCACGAGCGUAUCGGGACGCUGUCCCGUUUGCCAGCGGCCAUUGCUUGCGGACGAGGCAGGAGGGGCGGGGCCUGGGGAGGGGCAAGGGCGGGGGCAGGGCGAUUUGGAGGCGCGACGUCCUGGCGCGAGGGGGGUUGAGGGAAGAGAGGGGGGAGAUGCUGCGUAGUUGUGGUCUUUGUACUCUGUUAUCAUCCAUCGUGAAUUCAUUCUGG